GGCCGGCUGCGGAAACAUGAGCUCACUUUCCAAAUAUAGUUGAGCGGAGCAAGAGGACAGAUGGGAGCCCGAGGCCACAGUCGCCUCAAAGUGACCACGGACUGAGCAGUGUUUCAUGAAUAGACAAGGAAGGCCAACCUCCACUCCCCCAGAAAAGAACAAACGCUCACCGCAAGUCCAUCUCCUUUCUGGAGUCUUCCGACUAACCAAGGAUUGGAAAGAGCUGGUUCCAGCCCCGGCCCCUGUGGGAAGCAGGAGAGUGCAUGCACCUCCACAAGCAUGUCGGAGACGUCCUCCCCGGACUCCUUCUAUGACUCCCUGUCGGACGUGCAGGAGGACGACCGGGACGCAGCCUUCUUCCCCGGGCUGUCCGCCUUCCUCAGCCAGGAGGAGAUCCACAGGAGCCUUGACCUGGCCCGGAGAGCUAUCGCCAACUCGGAGGCUGAAGACUGCGCCUCGGAAACGGAGACCCCACAGGUUGUCAGCCGCUCCCCGGGAAGCCUGUGCGGGAGGCCGUCCCAUCAGGAGGGCGGAGGAUCCGGGGAGCCCACUGCCCCAGGAAGACCUCUGGACCCUAGGCCCACCCGGGGCCAGCCCCCACCAGCAGAGCGGGCCGGGCACGUCGCCUCCCCUGGGCCCCGCAGGAGGGCGGCCGCCUCACCCCUGCUGGCCAGCCCCAGCUACAUCCGCAGCCUCCGGAGGGCCAGCAAGCACCGGGCCCAGCCCCCGGACCCCAGUGCCACGCCCAGGGCCCCGCACCCCGGCCGGGCCGGGCCCCAGAGCCAGCUGUGCGACAAGGCAGCUAGCUUCAUCCAGGAGCUGACGUCCAUUUUCAGAGAAGCCGCAAGGCCGAGGAACAGCAGCCCCAACGGGGAGUCAUCCCCAGACAGCGGGUACCUGUCUCCUAAAAACCAGCCCUUGGCCCUGGAGAGCACCUCGGCCAGCCGGAGCCCCAACGGAGACGGGCAGGAGGAGGAAGCGGCCAGGCUCCCGGAGCCCAGGAUGCGGACCAGCCCUCCCGCCCGGGAUGCGGUCCAGCCCUGCGGCCGCUCGCCCCCGCCACCCCCCAGCGCUCGCAGCCUCCCCACAGCUCCGAGGUUCACCCAGAAGCUGCGGAGCCAGGAGGUGGCCGAAGGCAGUAGAGUCUACUUGGAGUGCAGGGUUGCAGGACACCCACCUCCCCGAGUCAGAUGGUUCUGUGAGGGGAGAGAGCUUCACGACAGUCCCGACAUCCAGAUCCGCUGUGCAGGCGGCGACCUCCACACGCUGGUCAUAGCCGAGGCCUUCGAGGACGACACCGGCCGCUACACCUGCCUGGCCACGAACCCCAGCGGCUCCGACACUACCUCCGCCGAGGUGUUCAUUGAAGGUGCCAGUUCAACAGACUCUGACAGUGAAAGUUCGGCUUUCAGAGCAAGACCUGGAGCCAUGCCACAAGCUCAGAAGAAAACCACGUCCGUUUCCUUGACUAUCGGGUCCUCGUCCCCAAAGACGGGCGUGACCACAGCCGUGAUUCAGCCGCUGUCUGUCCCGGUUCAGCAGGCUCCCAGCCCCGCCUCGUGCCUCUGCCGGCCAGACGGACCCCCAGCCGCCAGCUUCCCUCCGGUUUUCACGAAGGAACUGCAGAACAUCGCGGCGUCCGAGGGCCAGGUGGUGGUGCUGGAGUGCCGGGUCCGAGGCGCGCCCCCGCUGCAGGUCAGGUGGUUCCGACAAGGCAGUGAGAUCCAGGACUCUCCAGACUUCCGCAUCCUACAGAAAAAACCGAGAUCCACAGCUGAGCCUGAGGAGAUCUGCACCCUGGUCAUCGCAGAGACCUUCCCCGAAGACGCGGGCAUCUUCACGUGCUCGGCCAGCAAUGACUACGGGUCAGUCACCAGCACUGCCCAGCUGGUGGUCACCUCAGCCAACAUGGAAAACUGCGGCUACGACUCUGCGGGAGAGGCCGGCAGUGACCACUUCCAGCACCUCCCACCCCCGCCUCCCGUCUGGGAGACGGGUCCCUUCGAGUUGGCCUCAAAGAAACCAGCUGAGCUCCAGCAGGUGAACAGCCCUGAGAUAGGACUCAGCACAGCAGCCCUUCAGCCCAGCUCCCCCGACAGGGAAGCCCGCGGCGUCCACCCUGGCCACGGAGUGAACGGCCUGAUCAACGGCAAGGCUGAUGGCAGCGUGUCUCCACCAGCCCCAGCCGGGCUGCCGUCACCCGCGAAGGAGCCCCCGCCCGUGCUCGCCAGACCCAAACUGGACGCCCUGAGGAUCCAGCAGCUGCAGCACCAGAUCCGCCUGGAGCGCGAGGCCCGCGCGCGCCCCUCGCCGCCCGCGUCCCCGGAGCCCGCGUCCCCGGGGCCGGCGCGCCCGGAGCCCAUGAGCGCGCUCGCCGCCCGCCCCGCGCCCGCCAUGCAGGCCUCCGGCUCCUUCAGCUACGCGCGCCCCAAGCAGUUCAUCGCGGCGCAGAGCCUGGGCCCCGGCGCGCCCCACCCCGGCCCCGGCGCCCCCGGGCCCCCCGCCGGCCGUGCGCCGCUGCCCGAGCCCGAGCACCCGUGGGGCGCGCUCCCGCCGCCGCCCCCGCCACUCAGCCCUCCGCCGGGCAGCCCUGGGUCCGACGUCUUCCCGCCACCGCCGCCGCCACCGCCCCCCGGCCCCGGGCCCCGCGCCUCUGCCCGCCCCGGCCCGAGCCCCGCGCCCGCCGCGCUGCUCCGCGCCCUGCUGCCCUCGCCGCCCGCCACCGGCACCCCCUCCGUCACCACCUCCGUCUCUCCGCUCGGCCUGCCCCGGGCUGCCCCGGCCGCGGCCGCGGGCUACCCCAAGAAGGCCGGCAGGCCCGCCAGGGUCGCCUCGGACGAGGAGAUCCAGGGCUCCAAGGAUGCUGUCAUUCAGGACCUGGAACGGAAGCUCCGCUUCAAGGAGGACCUGCUGAACAACGGGCAGCCGAGGCUGACCUACGAGGAAAGGAUGGCCCGCCGCCUGCUGGGGGCCGGCAGCGCCACCGUCCUCAGCGCUCCGGAGCCAGAAGAGGAGGCGGCCAGCCAGGACCCCGGGUCCCCUCACGCUUCUGUAGGGAGUCCUCUGGACGGUCAGAAGGAGUACAAGGUGUCCAGCUGCGAGCAGAGGCUCAUCAGUGAGAUCGAGUACCGGCUGGAGAGGUGCCCCGUGGAGGACCCAGAAGAGGAGGCCCCCUGGGGGGACGUGGCCACGGAGGAUGGCGUGGCCCCGCUCUUCCAGGUGAAGCUGAGACACUACAAGAUCUUUGAGGGGAUGCCGGUGACCUUCACGUGCAAGGUGACCGGGAGCCCAAAACCGAAGAUCUACUGGUUCAAGGAUGGGAAGCAGAUCUCCCCCAGGAACCAGCACUACAGCCUGCAGAGCGACCCCGACGGCACCUGCUCGCUGCGUGCCGCUGCUGCCACGCUGGAGGACGACGGCAACUACACGGUCCUGGCCGCCAACCCGCAGGGCCGCGUCAGCUGCACCGGGCGGCUGAUGGUGCAGGCGGUGAACCAGAGAGGCCGCAGCCCCCGCCCGUCCUCGGGCCACCCGCAUGGCAGAAGGCCUCGGUCCCGGUCCAGGGACAGUGCGGACGAGAGCGAGCCGAUUCAGGAGCGCUUCUUCAGGCCUCACUUCCUGCAGGCCCCUGGGGACCUGACCGUCCAGGAGGGGAGGCUGUGCAGGAUGGACUGCAAGGUCAGCGGGCUGCCGACCCCGGACCUCACCUGGCAGCUGGACGGGAGGCCCGUCCGCCCGGACAGCGCCCACAGGAUGCUGGUGCGGGAGAACGGGGUGCACUCGCUGGUCAUAGAGCCCGUCACCGCCCGCGACGCCGGCAUCUACACGUGCGUGGCCACCAACCGGGCAGGACAGAACGCCUUCAGCCUGGAGCUCGUGGUCGCUGCCAAGGAGGCGUACAAGGCCCCUGUGUUCCUGGAGAAGCUGCAGAACACGGGGGUGGCUGACGGGUACCCAGUGCGGCUGGAGUGCCACGUGUCCGGGGCGCCGCCCCCGCAGAUAUUCUGGAAGAAGGAGAACGAGUCGCUGACGCACAGCACGGACCGCGUGAGCAUGCACCAGGACCCCCAUGGCUACGUCUGCCUGCUCAUCCAGGGAGCCACCAAGGACGACGCGGGCUGGUACACGGUGUCAGCCAAGAACGAGGCGGGGAUUGUGUCCUGCACAGCCCGGCUGGACGUGUACACCCAGUGGCAGCAGCCGGCGCAGAGCACCAAGCCCAAGCGGGUGCGGCCCUCGGCCAGCCGCUACGCCGCCCUUUCGGACCAGGGCCUGGACAUCAGGGCUGCCUUCCAGCCCGAAGCCAGCCCGUCGCACCUGGCGCUGAGCCCCGGCCUGGUGGAGAGCGAGGACCUGUAGCCCAGCCGUCCCGCCCCACCCCUCUGCCGCCCCGUCGGAGGCAGACACACCCUGAACUGUAAGAACUAGAGACACCAAAGCCGUGCUUCCCUUCCUGGGGCGGCAGUGUGAGCAGACCGCCCCUGCACCGAGGACUCCAUCACCAGCCAGCUUCAAAACCCUGGGAAUGGCAGUGAUGAAAGUGCUCGAGAAGAGGUAACUGCCACCACCCGUGUCACCCACAGUGCCUUGGACUCUGGCGUAGGUGCCACCAGACCCCCGUCACGUGCCGGGCUCUGCCGGGCAGGGAGCGAGGGUGCAGGGAGCGGGCGGAGACACAGGUCGGCGCCUGGUCCUGUAGAUGGUCGUCUCCCAGAGCGUCCAGGAGGGACGACUGCCUCCGAUUUUACUUACCUGGGGAGUCUUCUCACAAGGUUGACGCCUUGGUUCCUAACCUUUUCUUCUUAACGUGUAGUGUUUUCUUUUCAUGUUGCCUGGGUAGGAAGCUCACCCAGAAACCCUGUGAAAAGGCUGAUUUAAGUACAGAUAGUCUGGAGUUCCCUGAACAAAGCAGAGCUGCGUCACAGUCCAUUCCACAGAGGGCCAGGGCGCCCUGAGGGCCAGGGGGCGGGGCCUGGGCUGAGGAGCGGGAGGGACAGCCCGCCAGGCUGUUCGCACAGAUGGCAGGAGGGGGCAGGAGGCGGGAAAGGCCAAGCUUUUCUUUGGUUUUCUCCAAAAUUCAUCUAAUCUAAGACAGAGGUGAGAAUCACUGCCUUUCACAAGUCGGGGACCUAAGGGUCAGCGGGAGGACACCUGUGCUCCGGACACCGCGGUGUCUGAGCUCGGAGCGGCGCUGAAGAUUUAGGUGCACAGAGCAAGUUGCAUGUGGACCGAGGCUGCGAGAUUGUCACAGAGACAGCCCGUGGGCUCUAGUCUGCUGGGGGGAUCGGAGACUGAGGGAAACAAAACAGGUCGGUGCCAGGAUGCAUUUUCUCGAAGGCUCUGAGAUACGUGGCUGGAGACUGAGUUCACGCCCCUGCUGCCAGGAGACCUUUCUGGCCUAAGAAGGUGCUGGGUUCCGAGUCGCUUGUUAAGGCGUCUUGGCAAAGACUGAUCUCUGAAUGCCUGUGGUUCGGCACCAGCUCAGUGGCGUGGAUCUGACCAGACUUGAUGGCUUUAAGUCGGAACCAAUAAACUUUGAAAGGGAGAAAAAAACAAUGUGGCCUGAUACUGUAAAACGUGAGGUGUUAACGGUACUUUGCUAUGAGAAGAACACACUGUACUCCUGCAGAACACAUGUAUCUUUCAUUAUUUAUAAGAAAAAAAUGGUGAACUCUUAGCUCAGUUACUCAGUUCAGUACGUAGUAUUUUUUAAAUAAUUUUGUAUCUGUACCACCCAUAUAGCUCAUGCUUCUGCUUCACGUGUGCAGCUUCCUGCUUCCUCGUAAGGACACCAGCCAGCCGAGUCUUCAGUGACCGGCUUGGGCACCGGGGCCAUACACGCUCCGUGCAGAGCAGUCCAGGCAUCUGACCACGCGGACGUACACUGCUCACGUGGGUUUACGAUACCGGGCAGUCUCUCGUGGACCUUUCUCCACGGUAGAAUCAUGACUUACAUCGUAUCUUACUUGCCAAAUUUUUCUGAAUGUGACUUUUUGCUAAUUUGCUGGGUUUGGGGUUAAGUAGCAUUUUUGCCACCUUUCAUGUUGUAUUUAUAAAAAAAAAAUAAGUACUAUCUUACUUCUUUGGGUUGUUGUGCUGGUGUAAUGUGGACUUAACAUCAAUAAAUAUUUAACAAAUAACACCUGCA